CUUACAAACAUUAACGGGAUUGAUGCCCUCAUCUUGUAACGUAGAGUUGUUCCAAAGAAUUCCAAAUUUGAAGAAGUUGGGAAUUUUAAAUGUUGAUUCAGUUGAUACUGAAAAGUGUUAUUUUCUUGAUAAUCUUGUACAUUUAACUCAGCUUGAGAAGCUCAAAGUUGAGUUUAAAACGGAUUGUAUGCAUAUUCUCAGAAGAUUAUGGAGGACGGCAGAUUGGGUGUACACACCUCGGCUACACAUUCCACACAGUGACAAUUUCCCACCAAAACUUAAGAAAUUAACAUUGUGCAAAACACACCUAAAAUGGAAGACAUGAACUUCCUCAGAAAGUUACCCAAUCUUGAGGUUCUCAAACUUAAACAUCACGCCUUUCAUGGAGAAAUUUGGAAACUAAGCGAUGAGGAUGAAGAGGGAUUCUUUCGACUAAAGAAUUUACUUCUUGAGAGCAUGUAUCUAAAGCAAUGGGAAGCAACAAGUUAUCAUUUCCCAAGCCUUGAGCACUUUGUCCUAACAGAUUGCUAUUCGUUGGAGCAAAUUCCUUUCGACUUUGCUGAUAUUCAGACUCUACAGCUGAUUGAACUACACAAAUGUAUGCAUUCUGUUCUUGUUUCAGCAGAGCAAAUACAAGAGGAGCAACAAAUCUUGGGAAAUGAUGACCUUGUUAUUCGCAUCAACAAUAUACACAAAAAGAUUACUUGAUGGAGAGUACCAUAAGGUACAUUCAAGCAAAAAUAAGAAGUUGGAUCACUCUUUGCAGUGGGAGAUGUUUCCUGUCUGGAAAGUAUAGUUAGUGAAAAUUCCCGAUUCCAACUUGUUUGGGAUUGAUACAUGGUUUAGUGGAUGUAUUGCCUUUGGAAAGUGUAUAUAGUUGAAUGACUUCUCUUUCUAUCGAUGUUGAUUCUAUUUAUCUGUUCUCCUCAAUAUAACAUGUUAAACACAUUUGAUAUGGAGGAAAAUUUUUUCAUCCACAUACACAACUACUCCCUUAAAGUUUCUUCGCUUUGCUAGUCUUAUCUAUACUUAAACAUUGUAUUUUACCCCUCUCUGGACUGCUCAGGUCCUUUCCGAGACUUUUUCAUUUAAGG